AUGUCCAGCUCACGCCCACAACGCCCCAAGCGCCCCGGCGCCACCCUCGACGCCGCCGUCCGCUCCGGCGCCGGCCUCCCCGACUCCAAGCGCCCCAAAUUCGACGUGCGCAACCCCUUCGAGCUCGCCCCGGACGCGCCCGACGACGACGACGUCUUCCUCGAGGUCGACGAGGGCGCCGUCGGCAAGCGCCGUGUCCGCAGGAAUCGCGUCGAUAUCGAGGGCUAUGAGAGCGACUCGUCGGGCGAUGGCUUCGACGAGACGCAUAAGGCGUGGAAGGCUGACGAGGAGGAAGGCGCCGCCGCCGCAGGGAAGGGCGGGGAGGAGGAGGAAGAUGAGGAUAUGUUUGCGGACUUGAGGGAUAGUGGCGAUGAGGGCGCGAAGCCGCAGGUGAAGGGCGCAGAGAAGGGGCAGGACUUUGCGAGUAGGCGUGAGUUUGCGGAUAUCAUUGAUGAGGAUAAGGGUAAAGGCGAUGACAGCGGAGAUGAGGACGAGGAGCCGGAGGAGGUCGAUUCGGAGGUGGGUGAGGGUGGGAAGAAGAAGAAGGCGCCCAAGAUCGAUGCGUUCAAUAUGACGAGCGAGAUGGACGAGGGGCGCUUCGAUGACGCUGGGAACUUCAUUAGGAAGGCGGCGGAAAAGGACGCGAUCCAUGAUAGCUGGUUGCAGGGCGUUAGCAGGAAGGACAUGAAGCGCGCGAAAGAGGCGCGGGAGAAGCGGGACAAGGAAUUGAGGGAGAAGAUGAAGGAGGACGAUGCCAUCUCGACUAGCGGGGUGCUGGCAGAACUCAUUGGGUACCUGGAGAAGGGCGAAACGGUCCUGGAGGCCCUGGCGCGCCUUGGAAACGCAGGAAAGAAAAAGAAGGCCGCCCAUAAGAUCUCGUGGCGCGAUAAGAAGAAGAAGGCGGCCGGCGGCGACGAGAUGGAAGUCGACAAGGGCAAAGAGCCUGAAGACCCUGUGGAAGCCCGCAGAAAGGAAGCAGUGGAGCGUAUCACCGGCGCCGCUGACCGCCUCCUCACCCGCGGUCAGAACGAGAUAUACGACGAGACCCGCGAGUCGCUGAUCCGCCAGUACCGCCGUGAGAGCGGUGAGGACUGGGUUGAGCCAAAAGCCCCGGCGGCCCAAGACAAUGGAGCACCGGUAUCAAAGACCUGGGAGUUCCGGUGGACGGACGGCCGCGACGAUGGCGGCGUGCAUGGGCCGUAUGGGACAGCUGAGAUGGCGAGCUGGAAUCAGCACGGGUUCUUUGAUGAGGGGGCAGAGUUCCGGUGGGUCGAUGGGACGGAGGGAUGGACUAGAGUUACUGACUUUGAAUAA